ACACGCGACAGCGGCGUGACGUCGCAUGGUUGUUGUUCCAUCGCGUGGUCUACUACUGUCAGUCAGUAGUAAGCGACAUCGACACGAACCGCUUCCGCUUCGGAGCUCGCGCCUUGCCAAACCACAUCCACGCUGCAUCUGAGACAGCACGAUAUUCUUGCCGAACUUCGCGCUGCUCGUGCUCGCCCACCACAUCUUCACAUCUGACAGAAUUCCGCUUCUUUACUACCACCGAACGAGACUGCCCCGUUGCUCCUGCCACAGAGCGAAAGUGGCGUAGGAGGAAGCACAUGCGAGGACAUCGCGUGCGGAUCACCGGCGCGGGCGCGAGGAAGCCUCGCUGAGAAAAGAUGCGCCGACACCCACUGCGAGGCUCGUCCGCCUUGCGCACCGCCGCGCCUCCCGAUGCCUUGUCCUUGAUCCAGAGCUACGAUUCCGCCCUCAACCCUUCUCGACCCGUCAAAUCCUCCGCUCUGGGCGUCUCUGUCGACACCGGUCUGCCAUUGGAGCUCCUUGACCGCCUCAAGGCCUUCCCACUCUUUCAGAGCGCCCCAGAAUCCUUCCUGCUGUCCAUUGGGCGAAGUCUGCGACCCAACAUCUUCCAGCCUGCGCAAGAGAUUAUUCGUGAGGGCGAAGAUGCGAAAGCCAUGUAUUGGCUGGUGCGCGGCUCUGUUCGUGUCACGAGUAGAGAUGGCGAGAGCACCUAUGCGGAGCUCAAGCCAGGUGCUUUCUUUGGCGAGAUUGGCAUCCUCAUGGACAUGCCACGGACUGCAAGUAUCGUGGCCAGUAUACGGAGCUUGGUUGUCAGGUUGAAUAAGGAAGAUCUGCAGAAAGAGCUGCCCUCGUACCCAGAAGUGGAGCGAGCCAUACGAGAUGAAGCCCUGGAAAGAUUGGCCAUAUUGGAACGCAAGAAGAAGGAACGAUGCCUCCCAGUUCACACUGGCGAAGAAGGUAGCAUGAGACCGCCAGCUGCGCCCCGGAAACGCUCUCGUGACUGGAUGGCUGGGGAUGUGGAGAUGGGCGAGGCAGGGUCGCUGGAGAAUGGAGAGGUGACAAGCAACAAGAAGCGGAAGUCUCCUUCGCCCAGUAUAGCAGAAGUGUCUGCCUCCAGUGCCUUGGGCACAUCGCCUCUCACGGUACGGCAAUUACUGAAGGAGUUGCCAUUAUUCUCCGGCCUUCCUUCGGACAUUCUGCACUUUCUGGGCGUCAACGCUCAACCAGUGUCCUACCCGCCAUUUACCGAGAUUGUCAAGCAGGAAACCAGCGGCCGAGAAGUCUACUUCAUUGUCAAGGGAGACGUCGAAGUUCUAACGAGUCCAGUCGAGGUGCAGAAGUCGGAAAAGCAUCUAAGCACCAACGGCUACAUCAAUGGAAAUGCGCACUCGGCAGAUCAGCAGGUGCGAGCUCGACUUGGUGCUGGCCAAUACUUUGGUGAGGUGACAAGUCUCAGCCUUGCUCCCCGACGGACUGCAACAGUGCGAAGCGUGAAUUACGUCGAGUGUCUCCUCAUCACUGGUGAAGUGCUAGAUGAACUGUGGCAGCGGUGUAGCUCGGAACUUCGCCAACAAGUGGAGGCUGAAGCUCGACGGAGACUCAGAGCAUCCGCGAAACGAGACGAUGAUGUGGUCAUGUCAGAUGCUGUCGGUGCAAACGUUGGCAUGACAGGAGCUUCGAGUGCAUUGGACGUGGAAUUAGGCGCACACGACUGGCGUAAAGAUUUGCCAACGGUGAAGUUCGAUCAGCCAUUGCCCCUAGUGGGAAACGAGCAUACUUCACCAGGACUGCCACCGAACAUGGGACCUGUGGACCCAGACCCAUUAUUUAACGAAAACUUGGACAACAUGCGCGCGAAAUCGAGAAGAUCGUCAUUGGCGCCACCACUGCCUGCUGCAGACGGACAGAUCACCGCGCUGCAGGAGUAUCGGACGCCUAGUCCACCAUUAGUGCGCAUCACAAAUUCUUCUCCGUUAAAGCCAAUACCCAUGCACCGAUUGUCACCAGUGGCCUCGCCCAGUCCAGGCUCUCCCAGUUCACCCAGACGAUUGAGUCCCACUACAACCAGGAGACCGAGUUUAGUCAGGAAGCCAUCCAAUAUCGGGAAAGGGAGACUGCCAGACCAGAUCUUGACGCACAUAUACGGGCAUCUAGACCUGCUCAGUGUGAUGCGCUGUCGACAGGUCAGCAUGCAUUGGGCGCACCUGAUACAGAACUCGCCGGAUGUGUUGCACGAACUCAACCUGGCAAUGUACAACAGAUACGUUACCGACGAGGUGCUCCGAGACAUCAUCGUGCCGCUGAUCGGAUCUCGAGUACGCAAAGUAGACCUUUCCAAUUGUUACCAUGUCACAGAUGAAGGCUUCAAGGCUCUCGUUGACGCGUGUGCCCCUGUCGUGAAGAUCUGGAAGAUGAAAUCUGUCUGGGAUGUGACUGCAGGUGCAGUACUUGGAUUGGUUGACAAAGCAAAAGGCCUGGAAGAGAUUGACCUGAGUAAUUGUCGAAAGGUGGGCGAUACCUUGCUUGCAAGAGUGGUGGGCUGGGUCGUGCCCGAGCAGAAACAAGGACCACAACAUCUACCUCCGCCUCCACAUCCGCUCAAUGGCAGAAAGGGCCCCAUACGAAGGCACGGAAAUGUGAAGCAGCUUCAAGAGCCCACUCACCCGCAGCCUCCGCCCGGGACGAUUAUCGGAGCACCGAACCUGAAGCGUCUGACACUCUCGUACUGCAAGCAUGUACAAGAUCGUAGCAUGGCACACAUUGCAGCGCACGCAGCAGACCGCCUCGAAAGCUUGGAUCUCACCAGGUGCACGAGCAUUUCAGACAAUGGAUUUCACUCUUGGAGUAUCUACGAUUUCCGCAAUCUUCACAGGCUGAUUCUUGCAGACUGUACGUACCUCAGUGACCAAGCUAUCGUAGGCGUUGUGGGUGGUUGUAGAGCAUUACGGGAACUGGACCUUUCCUUCUGCUGCGCUCUGUCCGACACGGCCACGGAAGUCCUGGCGCUUGGUCUCCCCGCUCUCCGUAGGCUGGACAUGGCAUUCUGUGGCUCCGCUGUCAGUGAUAAUAGUCUUCGCUGCAUUGGCCUUCAUCUGCUCGAGCUCCGAUAUCUCAGUGUCCGAGGCUGUGUCCGAGUCACGGGACAAGGUGUGGAAGCGGUGGUCGAAGGAUGUCGAUACCUGGAAAAGUUUGAUGUCAGCCAAUGUAAGAACUUGCGGCCGUGGCUGGAGCAUGGUGGCAUCAUGCGCGUCAAUGGUCCCCCCAUGGGAAGGAACGUGCGGUUUGACACGGUAGCUGAUGGAUCCUGGAGAGCUGUGCAGCGGAACUCGUACUAACCGAGACUAAGGUAGCAAUGCUGCCUGCCUCUGGCCCUCGUUUCGACGGAAUUCGCAUUGGCAGAGCAAUGAUGGUGGCGGCGAGUUUUGUUUGUUUUGGUUGAUUGUUGUUAUAGAUGUGAGCGAGGCGUUGCGGCGACGAAGUUGCACUUGCGAGAUAUACUGGCACAUGACCGGAAGAUGGCUGUGAGAGAUCUCACUUGAUUUUAUGUGCGCGAGAGAGAGAUAUGACACCAUCUUUGUCUUUUUGGACAUAUUGCGACGGCCGCC